AUGGCUUCAUCAUUGCUAGAUCGAGAUUUCUCACCACCAAGCUCAUUUAAAGAUGGAGGAGCAGGUGAUCGAUGGCGUAUGAAAGGUGAAAAUUCGGGUAGCGAACGUUGGAGAUUAACUAAUGAUACUGAAAGUAGCGUUACUGGUAGUGGUAGUGUUGGUGGUGGCGGUGGUGGUGGUGGUAAUAUCGGUAGUGAACGUUGGUCAAGACGUGAAAUUGGUGCAGAUCGAACAAUGAGUAUUCAACGUCAUGGUAACAGUCGUGAACGUAGUCCACGAAGACUUCGUGAUAGAGAUGGUCGUCGAAGCGGCGCCGGUGGCGUGCGUAAUGACCGAAUGGUUUACAUUGCAAAUAUUCCGUACGACGUACGUUGGAUGGAACUAAAAGAUUUGGUUCGAGAAAAAGCUGGUGAGGUUAAUUUUGUCGAGCUCCUAGAAGACCGUAAAGGGAAAUCGAAAGGUGCAGCAGUUGUUGAGUUUCGAGAAAAAGAAUCAGUUCAGCGUUGUGUUGAUGCAUUACAUCGUUAUCCGAUGAAUGAUCGUUUGCUUACAGCAAAGGAAAUUCGAGAUCCUGUUGCGUUUUUCCGAAAAGUUAAGGAAGACACAGGUGUUGAUUUUUUGAACGGUCUUCAUGGUGGAACUGCUACAGCGAGUUUGGAUACUCGUAAUCGUCAAGAGGAGCAAUUUGAAACGUAUGGUCUUAGUCCGGCAUUUCUGCGACAACUUCAUAUUACAGGACCAUUGACCAAUCGUGUUUUUGUGUCGAAUCUUCCGUACAACGUACAAAGUGGACGAGUGACAGAUUAUUUCUCAUUGGCUGGUAAAGUUACUUGGGUUGAUCUUCAAUUAGAUAAAGAAGGUCGCAGUAAGGGUAUGGCUGUUGUACAGUUCACUCAUCCAAUUGAAGCAGUACAAGCUAUUUCAAUGUUGAACAAUCAGCGUGUUUUUGAUCGUCAAAUUAAUGUCAAAAUGGAUAAAUUUGACCCAAUUGAUGAUCGAAAAGAAGGAGAAUUACCUGUUGGUUUACGUGGAGUUGGCAUGGGUUUAGGUGCAAAUGGUGCACCAUUAGGUGAUGUUUCUUCAAUAAUUUCGUCGCUUACCUCCUCAACAACAUCUCAUAAUUCCUAUGAUAGCACAUCAGCACCAUAUACCACUCAAUCUGCUUAUCAAGGUGGUCCUGUAUCAAACCUUCAGCCUAGUAGCAUUUCUUCGGUUAUGCCAUUUUCAUCCACUUAUACAUCAUCAUCAUCAGCAUCUUUGUCAGCUCCCACUUCUGGUUAUUCUACAUUUGGUGGUGUCGGUGGUUUUAGCUCGCGUUCAAUUAUCAUUAAAAAUCUUCCCUUGGAUUAUACAUGGCAAAUUGUGCGUGAUCGUGUUCAACAAUUUGGUCCAGUAGAUUUGACGGAAAUGAUUGCACCAGGUUGUGCUAAAGUUACAUUUACUGUAGCCUCAGAUGCGGAACGUGCUCGUAAAUCUCUUCAAAAUACCACGGUUGAAGGACGUGUUAUUGGAGUGGAAUUUUUGGCGUGA